AUGACACUAGCUGCUACAGAUUUGAAGGCAAUUGAAGAUGCCAUCGUUAAGCUACUGAGAGAUGAAGUUGGGCCAAUAAUCAAAUCACAAACUGGGACGAUGCUUUCCCAACAGUACGUUGACAAAGCCAACCAGGUCGAUCUUGUCACCAAGUAUGACAAGCAGAUUGAAUUGGCCGUAAAGAGUAAGCUCUCUGAGCUGUAUCCUACUUUCCAUUUCGUUGGUGAGGAGGAAUACGUUCCAGGGGAGACUAAGAUCUCGAUCGAGCCCACUUUCAUCCUGGACCCGAUCGACGGUACUACGAACUUCAUCCACGGGUUCCCCUUCAGUUGUUGCUCUUUGGGGCUAUCCAUGGAUGCGAAGCCAUUAGUGGGGGUUGUAUACAACCCGCACUUGGAACAGAUGUUCCAUGCCUCUAAGGGCAACGGUGCAUUCUUGAACGACGAGCGCAUCAACGUCACCGCGAGACCAUUGACGUUGCAGAAAUCUGUGUUAGGACUCGAAGGGGGUGCAGAGCGGUCCGAGGGCCCACCUGCGACCAACUUCGACAAGAAGAUGAACACGUACAGAAACCUGCUGAGAGAGGAUGGAGGGUACGUUCACGGGUUCAGAUCCAUGGGCAGUGCCGCCAUGAACGUCUGCUACACUGCCAUUGGGCUGCUGGACGCCUACUGGGAGGGCGGUUGCUACGCGUGGGACGUGUGUGCUGGGUGGUGUAUUCUACAGGAGUCUGGUGGGAAGAUGGUUGGCGGGAACCCUGGAGAGUGGGAUAUCCCCAUCGAGAGAAGGGUAUACCUUGCCGUUCGAGGCGGGUGUCAACCACAGGAGCAAGAUGCUUUUAUCAGGGCUCUUUGGGCACAGGUGGACGCACCUCUGGAGUACCAGUACUGA